AUGGCUCGGAAGGGCAGUCGCAAGACAAGAACGGGCUGUUUCACCUGCAAGGUUCGAAAAGUCAAGUGCGACGAGGCCAAGCCAGAGUGUAAGCGAUGCUCGAACACCGGCCGCAUAUGCGAUGGCUACCCGGCCCCGGCCCCGGCCCCGGCCCCGAUCGCCUCGUUGGAUCAGCCCCGGCUGCUCAGAGCUCAAAGUGUGUUCCCGAGUAUCAGCAGACAGGAGAGUAGGGCGCUGCAGUUCUUUUGUGAAAUGGUCGGGCCGAACCUACCCGGUGUCACCGACCCUUACUUCUGGACUCACCUCGUCAUACAGUUCAGCCGGUACGAGCCCGCAGUGAGGCAUUCCAUCAUCGCCAUCAGCUCGCUUUACGAGGGCGUCAUCCGGGUCCAGAAUGACCCGUUUGACGUAAAGAACGAGCAGAUCCAGAACAAUGCCCUCGCUUUGCGUCACUACAAUGCCGCCAUUAACCAGUUGACCGCCAUGGAGAACCAGGGGCUGGUGCUACUGGUGUGUCUCCUCUUUAUUUGUAUAGAAUUCCUACAGUCCAACCGGGAGACUGCCCUCCGACACUGCGCUCACGGCACUGCCAUACUCGCCAGCUCCGAUUCCACCUCGUAUAGGUGGGUGAGACAAUAUCUCACGCCAUUAUUUCGACGACUGAGCUCGUUACCCUUCUUUUUUGGGAGCGGACCGUCGGACAUGCUCGAUUUGAGCAUUUCGAGAUACCCGGUGCCGGUUUCCUUCAACAUCUUCUCCGAAGCAGAGGAUAUGAUUGACGACGUGUUCAACCAAGCGAUGCAGGUUAUUCGCCGCGGCGAUACGUAUCGUGUAGGGCAGAAGCAACACAUUCCAAUACCGUCAGAACUCCUAAAGGAGCAGAACAGAAUUCUAAGUCAACUGAACCAGUGGUAUGGCAUGUUCACAGACCUAGAAGCCAGAACGGGGCCAACGGCAACCAAGAGCUCCGGGUUUGCGCGUGUUUUUGCUUUGGCGAGGUACCGGAUCUGUCUGAUUUGGUUGAGCAACGCCUUCGUUCGUUCCGAGAUGGGCUACGAUGACUUCCGCGAAGAGUUCCACAAGGUCGUCGAGGAGACAUCGCAAGCAGCCGCCGAACAAAACAGCACAGAAGUCAAAACGAGCCCCGCGUUUGAAAUGGGCUUCAUUGCGCCGCUCUUCUUCUGCGCCCAGCGGUGCAGGGACCUGGGUCGCCGGCUGGAGGCCUUGCGUCUCCUCAGACUCCUCGCUGCACCCCGAGAGAAUCUCUGGGAUAGGGACGGCAUGUAUGCCUUGGCUCGGAGAAUUAUUGAAAUAGAGCACGGACUGGAAUUGAACAUUGAAGGUCGAGUGUCUCCAGCGGUACAGCCCCAAUACCUGGGCCUACCCCCGGAGACGACAAGGAUACAACAGUUUAACAUCGAAUUCGUUAGUGGACGCCAGAAGAACUUUUACGGGCACGAAGUACGUGGCCUCAAGGCUAUUUUAUUCAUGCGCAGUGGGAGCGGCAAGAUCUAUCUUCGUCCCGAGGCCUUGUUCGAGGAGGACCCUCAACUGCCUGAUGUGAGCCAAGGGCACAUAGGGGCGGUUGUUUUCCCAUAG